AUGAGUGAGCAGUGGCACAUGCUCAAUAUGUGCCGCCAUCUGUUUUCUUUUUCGGUGCUGCACCUCUGCCUCUUGCUGAUAUGCUUUGGCAGUACGGCUGUGCACGCCGAGAGGAAUAAACCAAACGAAAUGCAAAUACCAGACCCUGUUGAUCUUUUGGUGCCGCAUCGAACGAUUGUGGAAGCACAAGGCCAAAGUCAAACGAGGGAAUCUUUUGCCUUCCCUUCCCUUGCCAGUGCUGGUGGAGUGUUGGUUGUGCUUGCCGAGAGUCACAUCGCCUGUGAAGCCCCGCAUGAUGAAGAUCCUUGGGUCAUUUGUGCCGAUAUUGUGGCGGGGUACAUUGACUCUGCGGAGAACUGGUCGUCUUUUGUCGAUGAGGUCCGACUAAACAAAUGGAAGGCGUACAGCGUCAUUAACACGGCCACGCGUCAGUGGUAUAUACCUCAUAUGAGAUACGAGGUCCGACCCACAACAAUUGCAAAGGGCAGCAGUGUUUUUUUACUUGUGGGGGGCCAUCAUCAGAAGUAUAGUCCUUCACGGAAGAGGUGGAUUAAAUACUCAAAGGGUCUUGUUUUGCUUGUAUGUGAGGCCACGCAAGAUAAAGUCAUCCAAUGGGGCAAACCCACCUCGCUUGUACCACAGAUCAAACCAUUUGCUAAACAACGUGGCCUAAAGAAAUUUCUUGGUGGCGGUGGCUCAGGCGUUGUGAUGGAGGAUGGCACGUUCGUGUUUCCUGUGACGGCGAGAAGGACAGGAGACAACGAAGCUGUGUCCAUGAUCAUUUAUUCGAAGGACGACGGCAAAAAUUGGGUGCUUUCACA